UAGUCUCAAUAACUUUAAACUUAAUUAUUGAUUUUUGCUUGUUUUUGAUUGAAUACUCAUGAAACAUUCUCACAUUUGCGCUCAAGUUCAGUGUCAGUUCAAAUUAUGCUAGUAUUCUCGGAGUAAGUUUCCGUCAAGUGAAAACUUUUUCGUUUCGUUUCAAUACACAUAUUUGCUUUUUAACAUAUACGUUGUUUUACUGAGACCAUUCACAGCAAGCACGUUUUUUUUCAACUACUUCAAAAUGAGUAACGAUUCGUCCGCGAGUGAAACAACACCACUACGUCGGCCCGAAAAUCAAUUAAGUGAGGACGUAAGAAACAAUAUCGCCACAACGUCUCAACAUUCGCGCAAUCAAAACGUGGACAACGGGCUUCAAACAAAUAAAAAUCAUAACUUAAACGGUAAUAAAAGUAAUAAUAUCAGCUCAGAUACAACUGUAACGUUAAAUAAUAGAAACAAUAAUAAUUUUGAAGUGCACUUAGGUAAUAGUAUUAACAACAACAACAACAACAGUACCUCCCAAUUAAAAAUGGAAACAAAUAAAAGAAUACUGUAUCGAGUUGGCUUGGAUGUGCUGAUAUUAUUGUGCGUUGGUUUUCCUAUAUUGUGUUUCUUCUUGUUUGGAAGUGCAUAUAAACGUGGCUUCUUCUGCGAUGAUGAAUCACUUAAACAUCCUUUUAAAGAGUCGACGGUGCGAAAUUGGAUGUUAUACUUUAUAGGCUUAGUGUUACCCAUUGGAGCGAUAAUUAUUGUGGAAGUAGUGAGAUCCAAACAUAAUGCCAAAACUUCAAAUGGCAACAACAUAUCUCGACCCUAUGUAUUUAUGGAUUAUGAAAUACCAGAUUGGAUGGUUGAAUGCUAUAAGAAAAUUGGAAUAUUUGGUUUCGGGGCAGCGGUUUGCCAAAUGACUACUGAUAUUGCGAAAUAUUCCAUUGGACGUUUAAGACCACAUUUCUUUGCGGUAUGUCAGCCUAUGAUGUCAGAUGGCAGCACCUGUGCCGAUACUUCUAAUGCCGGAAAAUAUAUACAAGACUUUCGCUGCAUUGGUGAAGGCUCCUCUGCUCGCAUGUUAAAGGAAAUACGUCUUUCGUUUCCUAGCGGACAUUCUAGCUUUACAUUUUUCACUAUGGUUUACUUAGCACUUUACUUGCAAUCUCGUAUGACUUGGCGUGGUUCGAAACUGCUGCGACAUUUCUUGCAAUUUAUAUUUAUUAUGAUUGCUUGGUAUACUGCUCUGAGUCGUGUUUCCGACUACAAACAUCACUGGUCGGAUGUGUUGGCUGGAUCCACAAUUGGUUCACUUUGUGCUAUUAUUGUGGCUAAAUAUGUAUCUGAUCUCUUUCCGGAUAAAUCAUUAAAAACGUAUGUGCUACCGAAAACAAAUCAAGAUGUGACGCCACAGACGACGUCCAGCACUGUAAAUGGUCACUAAAGCUGUCUUAAAGUACCUUAAAGUAUUUUAGUUUUUACAACAGAAAUUCCAAUUAACUUAAGUGAAUGUAAUUAGUGUUGUGAUGUGGACGUGAGGAACUACUUUCGAAAAGAAAAGCAAUCUAAGCUAAGCUUUUAUGUGAAAAAUUUUUUUAAGAAAAUUUUAGGUUGUUAAUUAUAUAAACAUAAAAAAUAUUUGUGUAUAUACAAAUUUAUAAGCACAAUCCAGCACCCAAGUGUCUUCCUUUAAAUUAAUUUAUGAAAAAACAAAACAGAAAUAAUAAAAAUGAACACUUAUAAAAUA